CAUUUACCAUUCUUUAACAUCAAAUGUGAAAAUCAUCAAUCUGAAUAAAUGUGUUUAAAUUAUGCAAUUACUUAAAUGUGAAUGUAUUAUAGCAUUAAAGUUAGCAAAUCAAAAUAUCAAAUACGAGGUAUAAGCUAUGUUUACUUGCAAAUCAACAUCAGUUUAAGGUUACUAGAUAGUAACAGGAUUUCUUUCAGAAAAGGAGUAGAAAUGCAAAAUUAAAAUUGUAUAUUUAAAUGAAGUUUCCUUGCUUGAUGAUUGAAGUAGUAACUAUUCUUGGUUACUGUAAAUCAUUUUGAAUUAACCUGGCCUGAGUAUCUAUCCAUCUACAGUGAAUGGCAGAAGUGUUUUGACACGCGAUGCGUUUCACCAAAUGUUGAUGGAUAUUUUUGAAUAUGAGAACAAAAAGCAGAAUGUUGGUUAUGGCUUUUCCUGUGGAUCUAAACCAGAUAAAUUUUGAAGCAAGAUGGAAAUGGACAGGAAAACAUCAGAGGAGCCACACUUAGUGCUGAUAGGAUCAUAGCACAGACUGGAAGCCAGUAAUGGGUUGGAAGAAUCCAGGGAUUUCAAGCUUUGAAUGAUGGGGGUCUUACAAGAUUACCACAGCUAAACUGAAAAGGCAGAUGCAGCUCUGAGUACCAAAUUGAGUGAGCUGGUGUGUGCGCUGCAUGUACAUGAAAAUGCACAUGUUUUUGUCAUCACAUAGACUUACUCUUGCAUAUUCCUGAGAGCUUUGCAAUUGAUGAAAAUUAAUCUGAGAACCAGAUGGAGCACCCUUACAUCACAGGAAUCGGUAACCCAUGGAAAGACACGUGCCAGUAAUGUUCAACUUUCCACAUGGUCUUCACAGGUGAAAAAAGUUUGCAAGAAGAGGAAGAAAAAACACCCUCUGCACAGAAAAAGCCUAAUAAAUACCUCCACAAUCUCAAUCAAUAGCUGUGAGGGAAACAGAAGAAUACAGAGGGUAGAGGAAACUGAUUUUGUUAUUGCAGAGGGAUAAUGUAUGGUCUUUGGCACGUUUUGCUUUGGGCUCAGUAGAUUGUGAAUGGACUAAUAAAUCGUGACCAUAUGUUGAGUAAUGAUGACUGGAAGUAAAUAAGUUGAGGAACUAUGGGACAAGUCUGGGCAUUGAACUGAGCAAACCUCGUCAUCCUUCUUGAGUUAACCAGGUCAUCAAACUUGCGUAUUCUUUCUCCCUCUCCUUUUUCCUCUUUUCACUUAGUGUGGUAUAAAUACUAAUUAAUUGAGCUCAUAAAUGUUAUUCAAAUAAAACAAUUGGAAUACUUCAUAUGUUUCCUUCUUGUACAGCUGCAAAUGUUGUGUCUGGAACUAUGAAUCUAUGCUGUAGACAAGCAUCAAGAAGGAAAGAUCCGAUCAAACAAGCAAGGAAAAUACCUAGAGAAAUAGCGAACCCAGGAAGUCAGAUUUUUAAUGCUGCUUCUCUUUCUUUUUUAGAUGAUUAUAUUUCUUCUUUCCUUGAAUUUUAGAAGAUUUUGAAAGAGUGCUUACUUGAUGUGCUUUAAUUCUGGCAUUUGUUUUUUUACGGUAGGAUGAAAAGUCUGUGAUUCCUUGUAGCAGAAAAAAGGGAAAAGUAAAGGAAAAACAGCUUGACAUUUUAGCCUGUUUCAGAGGAGAGAGAACUUCAUGGUUCACCUGAGGCAAAAUUAUCUGCUUUGAAAGCUAAAAGCUUUAGAGCAUUUUUGAUUCUGCUAUAAAUGAAGAGGGGGUUUCUUUUUCAUUCGUGUGUGGCAGCAAAAAGUGGGAAAGCAGGCAAGAUAGCGUGAUAAACAGUUCAGGCUGUGUUGGGUCUCUGGUGGAAAAAAAGUGCUGCAAUGAAAAUUGGAUUGGCUUUGGAUUGCAAAAACUUUUGAGUCCAACGAGCGGUUCAGUACCAAGAGGGAUUUUCCAACUGGCCUGGCACACCAGUGCCUGCACAAGUUCGGGUCUGUUGUUUCGCACGGUUUGUGUGCCUUUUUUUCCCUUUAUGCAAUCUCUUUCAGCUUUAGCAGCAGAAAUACAUCAGAUGGAAAAGAUAUGCCAGAGGGCAGCUUGGAAAAGAUGAAUGUCAUAUAUAUACAUAUAUAUGUAUGUGCGUGUGUUUAAAUUUCUGCAACUGAACUUUUGAAGAAAAUCUGACUGGAGGAAAUCUUAAAAGCCUUAAGUUACUUGAAACCUACACAUUUGCAACUCUUUGUCUCUGGAAUUGCAUUACGCUAAACUGGAAUCUCAGGCUGUAUAAAGAUUAUAUCAAGUUGAGCAAAAAGAUGACUUAACCAUUUCUUGAGCGCCUCUUAUGAAGUAGCUGUUUCUCCAAAGGAUAAGUGCACCCUCACUCUACAGACUCAAAAACAAAAAUGAACCUGAAUUUUUUUUUAAGUGUUACUUUUUCUUAGCCAACUGCCAUCAUCUUUUAUAGAGGAAUUUUUCACUAUGCAUUUGGUGGAUAUUUAUAAACACUGACCCCAUCCUCCUCCCUUUCAAUGAUCUAUCCCAGGUCAGUCUUAUCAAUAAAAAAAAAAAAAUUGAUUUAAAUUUUGUGCACUAGACAUAUUACUUUCUUAUGUCAAAAAAUAAAAUAUUUAAAAAGCAUGUAUGCAGCAGUGGAACAUGGGCCUGUUCUUUGCAGCGAUUCCAACAUCCUCUGCCUCUCCUGGAAAGGCAGAGUCCCCAAAAGUGAGAAGGAGAAACCGGUGUGCAGGAGGCGGUACUAUGAGGAAGGCUGGUUGGCAACAGGCAAUGGCAGAGGAGUUGUAGGCGUCACUUUUACUUCCAGCCAUUGCAGGAGGGACCGGAACACCCCUCAGAGAAUCAACUUCAAUUUGAGGGGCCACAACAGUGAGGUUGUGCUGGUGAGAUGGAACGAACCAUUCCAGAAAUUGGCAACCUGCGAUGCAGAUGGAGGAAUAUUUGUUUGGAUACAAUAUGAAGGCAGAUGGUCUGUGGAGCUUGUGAAUGAUCGUGGGGCACAGGUAAGCGACUUUACAUGGAGCCAUGAUGGGACUCAAGCACUUAUCUCCUAUAGAGAUGGAUUUGUGCUGGUCGGUUCAGUCAGCGGACAAAGACACUGGUCUUCAGAAAUAAACUUGGAGAGUCAGAUCACCUGUGGCAUAUGGACUCCAGAUGACCAACAGGUACUGUUUGGCACUGCUGAUGGACAGGUUAUCGUCAUGGACUGCCAUGGCCGAAUGCUGGCCCAUGUGCUCCUUCAUGAGUCAGAUGGCAUCCUCAGCAUGUCCUGGAACUACCCCAGCUUCCUGGUGGAGGACAGCAGCGAGAGCGACACGGACUCCGACGACUAUUCCCCACCACAAGAUGGACCAGCUGCGUAUCCAGUCCCGGUGCAGAACACCAAACCACUACUUACUGUCAGCUUCACAUCGGGAGACAUCAGUUUAAUGAACAAUUAUGACGACUUGUCUCCUACUAUCAUCCGCUCAGGGUUGAAAGAUGUGGUGGUGCAGUGGUGUACACAAGGAGACCUACUUGCAGUAGCAGGCAUGGAGAAGCAAAGCCAGCUGGUUGACCUCGGCAAUGGUUCCCUGUUGAAAAGCGCACUUGUCAAGUUCUACAAUGUGCGCGGGGAACAUAUCUACACUCUGGAGACACCUGUGCAGCGUCCCAUCAUCUCGAUCUGUUGGGGUCACAGGGAUUCGCGCCUGCUGAUGGCUUCUGGACCUGCAUUAUACGUUGUCAGAGUCGAGCACAGGGUCUCCAGUCUGCAGCUGCUGUGCCAGCAGACCAUCGCUAGCUGUCUGCGGGAUGACAAGGAUAUCAGCAAACUGACCCUGCCCCCUCGGCUCUGCUCGUACCUCACCACAGCCUUUAUACCAACAAUCAAGCCUCCUAUCCCAGACCCAAACAAUAUGAGAGAUUUUGUCAGCUACCCAACAGCUGGUAAUGAACGGCUUCACUGCACGAUGAAGCGGACAGAAGAUGACCCAGAAGUUGGUGGUCCAUGUUAUACUCUGUACCUGGAAUACCUUGGGGGACUGGUGCCUAUCCUGAAAGGACGUCGUAUCAGCAAGUUGCGGCCAGAGUUUGUCAUCAUGGAUCCUAAAACAGAUGGAAAAGCAGAUGAAAUCUAUGGAAACAGCUUGAUUUCCACUGUGAUUGACAGCUGCAACUGCUCGGACUCCAGUGAUAUCGAACUGAGUGAUGACUGGGCAGCAAAGAAGUCUCCCAAAAUCAGUCGAGCUAGCAAAUCACCCAAACUUCCCAGAAUCAAUAUAGAAGCUCGCAAAUCUCCAAAGAUGUCACGAUCUGCACAGGAGAUAUCAAGAUCACCAAGGUUACCAAUAAGGAAACCUUCUAUUGGUUCACCAAGCCUAACACGGAGAGAGUUUCCUUUAGAAGAUAUUACUCAGCACAACUACCUAGCUCAGGUCACAUCUAAUAUCUGGGGAACCAAAUUUAAAAUUGUGGGUUUGGCUGCUUUCCUACCAACUAACCUUGGUGCAGUAAUAUAUAAAACCAGUUUGCUGCAUCUGCAGCCCAGGCAGAUGACAAUAUAUCUUCCAGAAGUGCGGAAGAUUUCAAUGGACUACAUUAACCUGCCUGUCUUUAAUCCAAAUGUUUUCAGUGAAGAUGAAGAUGAUUUACCAGUGCCCGGCGCCCCCGGUGCCCCCGCCAGCAGCCCGCCGUGCACCGUCAACAUCCCCAUCGCCCCCAUCCACAGCUCAGCCCAGGCCAUGUCACCCACGCAGAGCAUCGGCCUGGUCCAGUCGCUGCUGGCCAAUCAGAACGUGCAGCUGGAUGUGCUGGCCAAUCCGCCGGUGGAAGCGGGGGGUGAGGGGGCGGGGCCUUUCCCGGGGCCGCCAGGCCGCUUUCCUGGGGCGGGGGCGCUGGCUGGGGGGGAGCUGGGCCGCGCCGCCCCCGCGCCCCCCGCCCUGGCCCCGCCGCCCCCCGCGCCCCCCGCCAUCGCCCUGGCCGACCUGCGGGACCACGGCGACCGCGAGCACGAGCCCCCGGCCAAGGCCAAGGCCCCACGGCCGGCGCCGCAGCUUCUGGAAGGGGACGCCGUCGUCUUCGGGGCCGCCCAGGAGCUGCAGCUGAACAAGAUGAACCCCCCGCCGCCCUACCCCGGCACCAUCCCCGCAGCGCCGACCGCCGCCCUGCCGCCCCCGCCCGGCCCCCCGCAGCCGCCCCUCGACCUCUGCCUGAAAAAGGGGGAGUUCUCCCUCUACCCCGCGGGGCACUACCAGACGCCCCUGGGGUAUGAGCGGAUAACGACGUUCGACAGCAGCGGCAACGUGGAGGAAGUGUGCCGGCCUCGCACCAGGAUGCUCUGCGCCCAGAGCACCUACACCCUGCCGGGGCCUGGCAGCUCCGCCACCUUGCGCAUCACCGCUGCCGAGAAGAAGAUGCAGCAGCCGUGCGCCAGUGCCACCCUAAACCGGCUCACGGUCCCCCGGUACUCCAUCCCAACAGGGGACCCGCCGCCCUACCCUGACAUCGCCAGCCAGCUGUCCCAGGGCAGAAGCAUCACGCAGAGGCUGGACAGCAGUAUCAUUCAUGCGACUCUGCGGAGGAACAGCCGAGAGGCAGCCCUGAAAAUGGCUCAGCUGGUGGAGGGUCAGAGAGCCACCUUGCAACUUCCCCCAAAAGCCAAGAGCAAUGUUGUGACGGCGCAGUACCAGCAGAGAGUACCCACCGCCUUGUACACCUGCAGCCAAUGCAGCAGCAGCAGCGGUGGCGGUGGCGGCGGCAGCAACGCGAGCGCUGGUGGUGUGGGCAACAUCACUAGUGCCAAUGCUAGUAGCAGCACUUCCAGUAUUGGUGGCAUGAGACCUGAUCUGAGCACAGGGAGCACCUCCCAGCACAGCUCUGUCAUCGCUCACUCUGUCAGUACUUCGCCUCUGGCCUCCCAGUCCUCCUACAGCUUGCUGAGCCCACCUGACAAUUCCCGUGACCGAGCGGAUUACAUCAACUCUGCCUUCACGGAGGAUGAGGCCCUUUCUCAGCACUGCCCAGUGGAGAAAACAAUACGUCACGUACCCGUGUCCUUGACGGAGGCUGCCCUUGGUGUAAAACGGCCACCGCCGUACCAGUGGGACCCUAUGGUGAGUGAAGAGAUAUGGGUUCCUCAGGAAAGGACAUCUCAGAGCUCAGUGCCCAACCCUCUAAAACCUACUCCUCUCAUCAUCGGUCAAGCUCAACAUCUGGAUAUGUCUCGAGUGCCGUUUGUUUCCCCCAAGUCACCAACCAGUCCCACUGCCACUUUCCAGACGAGUUACGGGGUCGGAGUACCUUACCCAGGAAGCUACAGUGCCCCUCCCCUUCAGGGAAUGCAGCCCCCCUGCUCCCCCAAAGAAGCUCUGGCCCCAACACAGUUUGCACAGCAGGAGCCCACAGUUGUGCUUCAGCCAGGUUAUCCAUCCAACCUCUCCUAUUGCCCUUUGCCACCCAUGUACCCAGGAAGUAGCGCCUGCUCUAGUUUACAGCUGCCACCAAUCGCCUUGCACCCAUGGAGCUCCUACAGCGCCUGUCCACCCGUACAGAACCCCCAGGGCACCUUGCCCCCCAAGCCACUCCUCGUGGUGGAGAAGCCAGUGAUGUCUCCCCCGCCGGCAGAGCUGCAGGGCCACGUGGGCACAGAAGUAAUGGUGGAGACGGCAGACACCUUCCAGGAGGUGCUCUCCUUGACGGAAAGCCCCAUCCCUCAAAGGACGGACAAAUUUGGCAAGAAGAGCCGGAAGCGCCUGGACAGUCGAGCUGAGGAAGGAAAUGUGCAGGCUAUCACCGAGGGCAAGGUCAAAAAGGAGGCAAGGACGCUGACCGACUUCAAUUCGCUAAUAUCCAGCCCUCGACUGGGGAGGGAGAAGAAGAAGGUCAAGAGCCAGAAAGACCAGCUGAAGUCCAAGAAGCUAAACAAGACCAAUGAGUUUCAGGACAGUUCGGAGAGCGAGCCAGAGCUUUUUAUCAGCGGGGAUGAACUGAUGAACCAGAGCCAGGGCAGCAAAAAGGGUUGGAAAACCAAAAGGAGUUUGAGGACAGCCAGUGAGCUGGACGAAUUCAAGUGCCGGAAGGCCAGUGAGAAGGAGGAUGGGAGGCUGGGGAGCCAGGGCUUUGUGUACGUGAUGGCCAACAAGCAGCCACUGUGGAACGAGGCAACGCAAGUCUACCAGCUGGACUUCGGAGGGCGGGUGACCCAGGAGUCAGCAAAAAACUUCCAGAUUGAGCUGGAAGGACGACAGGUGAUGCAGUUUGGAAGGAUUGAUGGCAAUGCUUACAUUUUGGACUUUCAGUAUCCAUUUUCUGCAGUGCAAGCCUUUGCUGUUGCUCUGGCUAAUGUGACUCAACGCCUCAAAUGAACAAGCAGAGACUGGAGAGAGGAAAAUGUUAACCUUCUCGUGAAGUCCAAACCGGAAAAUGUCAGGGCAGCCUGCUUUAGGUGUGCAGAGGUGCCUGGGAGUGAAGGCAGUAAAACUGGAAAAGUCUCUUGGUGCCCAACAGAAGGGCAUUAACUCUAAUCAGUCAUGGGAUAGAGGGUGGGGGGCUGUUUUCUGUUUUGUUUGUUUAUUCGUUUGUUUGUUUUCAGGUGUUUUUUUUCUUUUUAAGCAUUGUGCUGGGUCUCAGAAAGAGCGAAGGGUUGAGAGCCAUUCAGUGUUACGUGGAGAAGUGUGGCUUUUGGCUUGUUGUGGUGGUUCUGCCGUGUUUGCUACAGUAGCUGAUGUAAGCUCAUAGGGGGAUUUAAAAAGACUGCUCUUUUUGAUAGACUGCCUUAUAUCAUGCUGUUCUUUUUAAAACAGGGAACAUAACUUUUUUUCUGGUCCAGUUUGUACUACUACUCCUACUACUACUCCUCUACUACUACUACAUCAGUGAUAGCAGCAAAAAAAGAAAAAAAAGAAGCUAUAAUACUUGAAGACACGUGUUUCUUCUCUGAUCUCUGAUAACAACUGAGCACUACAAGUUCCAAGGAGGCUUAUGUAGGUCAAUGUUUAAUUUAUAAAUAAUGAUGUAUCAGAAGAGAAACAAUUGUUACCAAUGGCUGGUUUAAAAACCCAGUGUAUCGAAGAAGUUGAUGUCUGCUUGUUUUGUGUGCUGUUAUUGGGGAUAAACAUCUUUCAGUAGGUGACAGAAGAUAGAGGAGGAAAUAACUACGAGCGUUGCUUCUUUUGUUAUUGGGGAUAAACAUCUUUCAGCAGGUGACAGAAAAUAGGGGAGGAAAUAAUCAUGAGCGUUGCUUCUUUGCUCAUAUUGAUCAGCAGUAUUCUCUGAUUUGGCCUGUAGUUGGGAGAGGUACAGUGUGACCAGAUGUACCUCUAAGGCCAUGCCUGUACAUGCUCCUCAUUUAAAUGUGUUUACACUUUAUAAACAGUCUUUCAAGUGAAUGAGAAGGCCUGGUGUAUUCAGUCUUCUUAGCAAUCAGUAUCAAUCAAGUUCUACAACAGUGUAUCAGUGCUUGAAUUAGGAAGGAGACAGAAGUGUAGCAAGUCAUUACAAGAAGCAAUUUCAUCAGAAAAGCAAUUUCAUUACAGCAAACAACAUCAUGGCUGGCUGGAGAACAAAUGAGUUGAAAGAGGAAGGAAAAAUUGGACGGAAUCAUCCCUUUUAUCACCUAGCUACUCAGGUAGUCUUUGUGACUGUGGUUUGAGAAUAUAAUGCUCCAGCUAAGAUCAGGAAGCCAAAGUUUACAUGGAAUGUUACAGAGGAAGGCUUAAUAACCAUAGCAUGACUCUCUGCAGUUCCUUCUGGUGGACAUGCAGACCUGUUGAGCAUUUCAGAAGGGUUGCUUGCACAGAAGAGUUUCUGUGUUGUCCAUGUGUUGUGCACAUAUUUAUUUGCUUUCUCUCUUUCCUCCUUGCCUGCAUUUUUCUACGGAAUAUGUUUUUGUAUGGGAGUAGUUUCCCCAGUAAUACACAAAACCUGAAACUAUUCAUAUAAUGAUUUGGACAUUAGAUUACAAAACAUAACUGCAGAUAUCCUUCAGAAAUUACUCUUUUGAAGUGAAAGGCACACUGAGAAAGAUAUGUUGGUUGAGGUGUUGAUGGCUGCUUUGUCUUUGUCUUUCAUCCACACUUUAACUUCUUACUUGAAAAAUUUGGUAUAACUUAAGAUGAAUAGGCGCGAUUUUCUCUUUGCUUUUCUUAAAUCCUAAUGGUAGGGCAGAUGUGUGUUGCAUUUGAUUCGUUCUAGAGGAACAUAUCGCAUAAGAUAAGACCCUGCUGUAGUAGAAGUUACCAACAUGCAGUGAGCUUGUAACUUCUGUUCUGCUGAGGCUUCUAGAGCUGUACAGCACAGAGGGAGUAAUGCCAGUCAGAGAGGAGUUUCAGAGAGUUGCCAAGGGAGAUGACAAGGCAGAGCAUCCACAGGUAAUGUCCCGCAGGGUAAAUCCAGGAAAAACCACCUGCAAGAUGGUUUCCUUGGAGGGAGGAAGCAGAGGUAGCACGGAAGGAGGGGGGAAGUAGAUGGUACCAUGCCUGUAUUAUCCCAAAGCUCAGCAGCUUCUACUUGUGUGUGGGAGUGGUCAGGCACAACAUUCCCCUUGGCAUCUAGCAGAUUGUUGUUUGCUUUAAUGAAUUCAUUUUGUUUCCAUCAGUUGUCUGGGCCCAUUUGUAUUCUUCCUCACGUGCAUGAUUUAUUCAGCAGUUUGAAUGCCUGUAUGUAUAAUGAGUGUGGAACAGAGGAACCGAAAUGGAUUUGGUUCUGGUCCCUUUAAAUCAGUGGAAGUGUUUCCCUUGGAUUUUUGUGGAGGAAGCACUAUUAAGCCCUUUGUCUAUAUUGAGUUACACGCUGUACAAACAGUAGGUUGAAUUCUCAGUUCACUGAUUCCAAUGCACAAGGAGGAAAGUUGGCUGAUAAGAGAGUCCUCACCUGCCUUAACGUCUGUGCUAAGCUUUCAUACCCGAAUUAGAGUAUAACAGGCACACACUGAACACCGUAAGAGAAGAAACAUAGCAUGGCUUGCUUGCUGAGGGAAGGGCCACUCAGUCACAUUUUAGAAAUCUUCAGCUGGAAGAAACAUCAGUUGUAGUUUUAAGCCAAAAUUGUUAGUACAUGGAAACAACGUUAAUGUUUUUUCUGAACAAAAUCUAAUCUAAAUAGAAGGACUUCUGCAUGCAGUUUCUUUAACCUUCCAGGGAAUAGUAUUCCUCUUCACUUGGUUCAUUGCCAAAUUUUUCCGAUUAUCAACAGUUUUAUGCUAAUGGAGAACCAAGAAAUGAAACCCGAUACAACAAGUAGCAGAGUUAGUAAUUUGGUUUCAUUGGCCUGGGUCGUGAUUGUGUUCUUCUGAUGGCACUUACAAAGAGCUUUGGCAUAGAAAGAGACCUGGUUUCUGCCCCAGCAAAGCACAAGGAAUAAUUAUAAAAAAUUGGGAAAAUAAAUGUAAUUUCCACUAUCCUUCCCAUUUACUUCUCAGAAAAUCCUGUAGGAUAAGGUAAUCUUUUAUCUUUUUGAAAAUAAUGUAACAGAGUCCCUUUAAUUGAGGAUUUUAAUCAUGUAGAGAAUACCCAGUAUUAGAGAGAGAAAAUACUCUCAAAUAUAUAGAAUUUUAGUGAAAGGAAUGGGAAUUAUGUAAAUGUCUGAGUGUGCGACUGGAUCCUAAAUUAUACAAAGAACAAGUGAAAGUGACAGUUGGUUUAUUUUUCUUUGAGAUACAAUAUAGGAAACUAAUUUAAAAGCUCCCCCCCGCCCCCAAUAAUCACUUAAAUCCUGAAGAUCGCUAUUGCAUUCAACCAAAAGAUAGAUAUUACAUUUUAUAUUCUGUUAGUAAAACCCAGGUUUUCUGUAGAUAGCUAAGUUCUUCUAGGAAGAAUGUAGCAAAGUGUUCAGAAAUAUCUCAUUCUUUUAUACAUACAGUAAUUUCCAGUAGUUAAGUAUGUUUUUUCCAAAGUUUUUUUUAGUUGUGCAAUAAUUGUGACAGUCUAGGGGUUUUAUGGGUUUUUUGUUGGGUUUUUUGUUGGUUUUUCUUUUUUUUUUUUUUUAGGGAGUUUAGAGUGGUUUUUUAAAGAUAAUUUAAUGCAGAUUUCCUGUUGAUGUCCAAAAGACAAAUUAUUUAUCUUCUGUAAUGUAAUAAGUGAUUUAGGGAUUAUUUUAUUAGUAUGUAUCAGUGAGUUAUACACACUUUCUUAUUUAUAUUUAAAGAGCAUCUUUGUAAGUAAUUGUUUGCUAGCAGUGUGUUUUGCUGCAAGAAGUUAAAAAUGCAUAUAGGAAGACCUGUUUUUGCUGGAUAGUAUGCAAAAUUUCAUAAUGCAGGCAGGCAAAAAUAUUUUUUUGGCAGCUGAACACAGUGAGUUUGCUGUGGAGGACCGUGUAGACUACAGAGUGUAGAUGACUUCUUUGGGACCUGCAGAAAUCUGUCCUUCUCCACUGUUUUCCUCCUUUGUUUCUAACUGUAUAUUUCAGUUGGGAGUGGUUUUAAAAAUACAAGGCUUGAUUUGCUUUCCCUCAUCUUGGUACAGUGCUUUUUCUUGAGAUGUAAAAUAAGGUAGGUUAUGUGAUAAAAGAGGAUAUAACGAUAUAGGCUCAGUUUGUAAGAAGUUCAUUGCAUAGUUUAGUAGGGUUUGGCAAUGGCAUAAUUCAGUGCUAUGCAGAGAUACAAGCAAACUGGCUUCGAAUAAGGUAGCUGAGGCACAAGAAAUAGCAUAGCAGUAGAUGCGUUUUCCUCUGCUCAGACUAAUAACACUCCUUCUUCAGCUGGGCUCAGCUGAUUCCAACACAGCCACAGUGCUUCUGAUAUCUGAGCUAGCAUUGCACAGAGCUGAUGGAGCUGAGCCCUGACACUGCCUGCAGCAGCUUUGCCUCUUCAGGAGGCUCCAUCGGAGACCUGGUGGAGCAGGCGUUCCUCCACUCCUCCUUCUAGGUCUGCUCCAAGAGCAGCGUGAAGCUGCCAUGGGGUUUGGCUGCAGCAGCUUUGGGCAGAGAAAGCCCUGAUGCCAGCCAGUGGCCAUGGUGGCCAUCUGAAGUCAGAAUCUGCUCCACUGGAGCUGCAAAGGUCUGCAACAGAAAACCUGAUUCCUUUGAAAAAAUAUGGCUUAUGUCCUCGAAAUAUAGCUCCUAACAGAGUCUAAAAAUUUGUACUUAAAAGUCUGAUGCGAAGUGCACCAUGUAUGGAGGGGCAAAUUUUAGCUUGAAACAGUAAGAAUAUCAUGUUUCUGCAACACCCUAAGAAACUACGAGAAGGAGGGGGGUGAAAGAGGGGAAAAAAGGAAUUUUCACGUUAAUAAUUUUGCACUCAGUUCCAGAGGCAGCAGUAACAUGUGCCACGGGCUGCCUGAAUAUCAGUGAAUCUGCACACAGGUUCAUCUCAGUUAGAUAAACUUUCUGUGAUGCAACCACAAGUAAAACAGUUUCUCAUUUCUCUCUCCAGUUUUGUUCCAUUGUUUUUAUGAAGAUGCAUGAAGGUCUACAGGUGUCAGACAAAGAUUUCUGACUUUGCUGAACCUUGAGCCUAGACUUUCCGUAGGUCCAGGCUUUCUUUGUUGUGUCUUUUUAGUGUCCUCUCAGAAAUUCCAAACAGAUUUCGGACCUUGCCUGAUUGUUGCUUCAGACAAUUUCUGUGCAUUUGCUUUUUGCAGCCUGAUGUGUGUGAUCCUAUGUUAUCUUGGUGCCCUGUUACCUGUCAGAAACAGUUUAAAUCCUCAUACGAAGAGAGCGGCAUGUGCAAAAACUGAUUUGAUUGAGAGAAAGGAGAGAGAAGACAAAGUAAGUUUUCACUAGCUUUAAAGAAUGUGUUUCCCAGAGCAACAGUUUGGAAAUUACACAUUUCUGCAGAACCCAAACCACUCCAAACCAGUAAAUCUGACUUGGAGAUUAGUAGCAGAUGAGUCGCUUGCGUGACAUGCUGACAGAGGGCUAACUUCUAGCCUCACCACAUGGUUACACCAAGAUACGUAAGAGAGUAGAAUCCAACCCAAAAUGUACUUUCCCUUUACUGUGUGAUUAUAAAGAAUUACGUAUAUGACCCAUAUAUCCACUUAAGAAAAUUAUAAAGCAUUAGCCAACAACUAUAUCAACAGUUCUGUAUAACUCCCUUGAAUGCUAGAAGUAAAAUCCUGGCCACAGAGUAGUCAUUCAGAUUUUUGCCUUUGAUUCCCAUUUCUAGGAUUCCAUCACAGGUGAGCAAGCUGUUUAUGUUAUCUAGAGAUUGGCAUAAUGGUUUUCCCAGUAUAAGAGAGCAAGUGUUACCAUACCGCUGACAAAAAUGGAAAACUUCUGGUAGAUGAAUUUUUUCAUUUUCAAGUCCCUUCACCUUCAAGGCAAGCACAAUCCUCCAUCAGCAAAUACCAAUUUAGAGUCCUGCUACCCUCAGGAAUAGUUGCAGGUAGGUGCCACAGGUUCUCUUUGCAGGAUUGGAAUUUACAUGCACCAUUCUCGAAGGAAUAAGAUUAAUUACUACUUGUGAACAAUGGGCUAUGUGAAUUAUUUUAUCUUUGUAUUUAUUUAAUUUUCUUCUAAAAAAAAUCCUGCAGAGAAGUUUUAAGAUUAAAAGACUCAGCUUUGUGUGUUGCCUGGUAUCUCUGAAGAUACAUCAGGAGAUAAUUUCUUUGGGUAGUUUGAUUCUGUUUCUGCAUCUAGAAAAUUAGAUUUUUAAGACAAAAGCAAUUAACCAAAUAAAAGAAUGAAAUAGGAUUCAGUGAAGCAAUUCUUGCCAAGAAAAUUAAAAACUUCACCCUUCAACUUUUGAUUUUGCAAAUGUAUCUAUAAUGAGGAAUUUGUGCUUCAAGGCAAAUUGAUUGUUGUGGAGCACUAUGCAAGUGCACAGAUUUGCUGACCCAGAGCUGUCUGCAGGAUCAAAACAACAUGAUUUUGUGAGACUUAAAUAAAUGAAAAUACUGAAUACUUACCUAUCCGGAGUGUUCAGUGAAAAAAUUAGAUGGUAUGAUGUUAAAGCCUGCCAGCUUAUUCUUAAUCCUUGCCCUCCAGUUUACAUUAUUACAAAUUUAAAAAUAUGAUCUGAUUCAGCAAUUCUGAAUCCUGACAAAUGUUGUCUAUUUGUGGAAUGUUUAUCUUACUGGCCAAGUAGAUGGUUUAAGACAUGGAUUAAGAUUAAAGUAAUGAUAAAAGAGAAACAUUUUUUAACAGUGUGCAGACACCUGAGUUUCAAGUAUUUCAUUGGAAUAGUGCUCGGUGUGUAAUUCCUACCUGUGUUGUUUCAAGCUAUUUGUUCGGAACUUUCCUAAUUUUCCCUUUGUUUCUUUUUUUUGCUUGAUACAUGUUUUGCCUUUGAUUGCCUUUUGUUUCACUAUUUCUGCAUUCACUGCUUCUUUUUCUAUGUUGUGCGUUUGGGGAAGGGUAUGUUUGUUCAAGAUCUCGAUGUUUAUUGUAGAUAAAAUAUAUGGUGUUGUGGAAUAGCAUGGGGAUGCAUUUGAUUGAAAAGGCACUGUAGUGUUUCCUGAAAAAGAAGGGGAGUUGCAUUUGUCUAUAAAUGCAUUAUUUUGGUACUAUAACUUUGAACAUGAUUUGGGUUUUUUUUCUUUUUUUUCUUUUUUUUUCUUUUUUUUUAAUUUAAUGAGCAUAUAGUCAUGCAGGUGCAUGCAUUCUGAAGCUAGCAAGCCCAGCAUGUUUUUUCUUAAGGCUUUUGAAAAUUUGGUACACAGUGUGUGUACUUUUACAUACCUGUACUAUUUUUUAAAUAUAUUUUUUGGAAUCUCAAGUUUUCUUUUUUUUUUUUUCUCCUCAGUAUACCAUGGUAUACCUGGUUUCCAUUGUACUUAAAAACUACCCUGAUCUGCCUCUCCUUUUAUGUAUCUUGUGUAAUAGAUUUUGCAGGAGGUGCCUAGAAAGCAUUGUUGGUUUCCCUAUAAAAAAUGUGGUUUGUCCAAAUUCUUUACUGUCUACAUGAUUGAGAGAUGGACUGAUUGCCCUAUUUUUCCUUGAUGAUUUGGAGUUGUAAGAGUUGUCCAGCUGUUGCUUAAUAAAAUUUUGCAGACUAGAAAA